UCUUACAAUUUCAAUCAAGGUGGAUUUAUUGCAGGUGAAGGCAUCCACCCAGCUGACCUUUUCACCGUAGUUCGGAAUAACGUCAACAUUUCGUGUUUUGUUUACGUUCGUUUGAAUGGUUGUUUGGCACUUACCAGCACAUUAUAAUUCAAUAUUAUUUACGAUUGCUGAGCUUUUGAACUCCGUACGGAGUUGCCUGUCUCCCAUCGGAUGCGUUCUUACGUGGCGUAUAGGAGGAUUCUCGGCAGAUAUGCAGGGCAGGUGGAAAAUAAAAUACCAUUCGCGGACCAAAAUAGGCGAACAUCUGCUUAGAAGUAUAUUUCAACUAAGAAAAAUGCUAAGUGUAAGCACUUACUUGGGCCAGCGUCUGACUCAGAAUGAGCGGCAGAACCACAACGGAGUUGACUAAAAGUAGUCAAAAUGGGCCUCAUGCUACAAUAAUGGAUACUGGACUGAAAUGGAUACUGACUCUAGUAGGAGUAUUUCGUCAUAGGAAAAGUCUUGAACUGAUGAUGUGAGCUGGUAACUGUAGUGGCUGUCCCAUUAAUAUGUGUAUUGAUUGAAACCUCAAUGAAACUGCGGCACAGAUAUUGCUACAGUAAAACCGUGGCAGGCUUUGAGGUACUUUCUCAGUUGGUGGUACAGGUGAGGUUGAGAUUGCUCCCUUUUACCGUACUCAUAAGAUCAUGUGUCAACCCUCGUGUCGGCGUCCCUGCAUUGCAAAGAUAACCACGGGGUCGUAAAGGCGACUGCACGUACGAACUAGGAUGGCCAAACACACAAAAAGGGCGAACGCGCCAAUUACAAUAUAUAUAUAUAAUAUAUAUGUAACAGUGGCAACGGUGGUUGGCAGAGCAUAGUACAGCAUAGAGGCAAUGGUAAAAUAGCCGCGUAGUUAGGCAGCAGUCGGCAAGUCGUCGCGGCGUGAAGCGGUUGUGCAUUAAAAACAUAAAAUAAAUUACCUUUUAACUUUUGAAUUGUACCCAAUAAAUACAGUUAAAUAAAAUACCAAGUGUUACCUUGUUAAAUAAACGAACUUAAGUCUUUUAUUUAUUACAUAUGGGGGCUCGUCCCAAACAACGCAAAUAAACGCGUGUGAUUUCCACUACAUAUCUAUAAAUGAGGGUGAUUUAAAAUUUGAUUGAACAAAAUUAGUUGCGAUAAAUUAAUAAAAGUGCAUAAUCUGAACGAAUCUAUGUGCGGUAAAUUAGCAAAAGUGCAUAAAUAAAGUGUUGUGUGUGUGCGGCAACUGAUUGGCGUAUGUAAUUUUAAGCAGAAGUUCAUAAGAAUACCCUAGGUACGAGAUAAGUGCGAAUCGUGCCCUUGAAGUUGUAUACAUAAAAAUAACAGUAGUUGCGGCGCGAAACUAGCGAAAUAUAUAGCACAUAAACAUAACAGUAGUUGCGGCGCGAAACGAGCGAAAUAUAUAACACAUAAACAUAACAGUAGUUGCGGCGCGAAACGCGUGAAAUAUAAAACACAUGCAAAGUGCACAGCGUUGAUGGCAAGCAGCGGCAGCACAUACAACACACGUCAAGGCACUUCACAAAAUAUAGCGAAAACCGAAAACGACAGCAAAAGCAGCAGUAACAAGGAGGGACAGCUACAGCACGAAGAGGUGAAGCAGAAAAUGAAAAAGGAAAAGAAGUACAUGAAAGAAGCACAUAGCGAAACAGUAGGGUGAGAACAACAAAAUAUGCCGAACGAAGACAAUUUACAAAUAACGGAGCUAGUACGGCUACUGGCUAAAAAAAUUUAAAUAGAAGAGCAGCACAAUAGAACUGCGAAAAAAAGUGCAGAAAGCUUCGGGAAAAUUAUUCCCGAGUGUGAUGGAAGCAGUAUACCAAUAAAAAAGUGGUUCGAAAAUUUUGACAUUAACAGCAUACGAACUUAAUCCAAAACAAAAAUAUGUGCAAGCGCGCGCAAAAAUGACGUCGGUCGCAAAACUAUUCUUAGAGUCAACGCAAAUAACCGAAUACGACGAGUUAAAAACGGCAUUAAUAGAAGAAUUCGCGAAAGAAUACAAUAGUGCGGAAGUGCAUAAGAAACUGUCGGAACGCGUCAAAAAGAACACAGAGUCGUUUCACGAGUAUUUGUUACACAUGCGUAAAAUUGCCUCACUAAGUGAUAUUGAGGAAACGUCUAUCGAUCGCUACGUUGUCGAUGGUUUGCGUAUAAAAAGUGAAAUCAAACAUCUCCUGUACAGGUGUAAAACAUAUAAAUCGUUACAAGAAGAAUACGAAAUUUUUGAACACUUUAUCAAAGACGAAAGAUAGUACAACGGGGAGCGCGUAAACAAGAUCGACAAACCUCAAGUCGCGGACAAAAAUUCACCUAUAGAAAAAAAAGAACACUGUUUCAAUUGCCCCAAAUCAUAAACGAAAGGACUGUCGUUCUGAGACAAAGUGCUUUAAGUGUAACAAAUUCGGACAUACGUCCAAGGAGUGCGAAAACAGGUCAAAAUUUGUUAAUGUCGUGGUUGAAAAAGAACGCGUAAAAGACGUUUCGGUGAACGGUGUUCACAUAAAUGCGCUCAUAGAUACGGGAUCAGAUGUUACGAUAAUGUCAAAAACAACUUUCGAAAAAUUGAAUAGCGUCGAUCUGCAAAAAAGUGAUACUACGUUGUUCGGUCUCGGUAAUGUAAAAACUAAAUCCGUUGGACGUUUUGUAGGCGAAAUAAGCGUCG